AUGGCAUUAUAAAAACAAUUACAAUCAUUUUUUGGUUAAGAAGAAAACAACAAGAAUGAGAAUAUGUUAACAGAGAGUAUUCAUUUAAGCUUAUCUGUUCAAUUUGAUUCUAAGAAAUGGCUUUUGAUUAAGAAUAGUAAACAUAAAAAAAUCAAUAUCAAAUUAUAGCCUUGUAAGAAUAUAUCAUUUGAAUAAUCUUUAUGUAAUUUUAUUAUAAUCAGGAUUACACAAUUUCAUAGCAAUAUAAUAAUGACAGCAGAUUUGAAAAUACAGAAGUUUAAAUUUAAUAGAAUUUAGGCUGUUUAUUAAAUAAAUAGCUUAUUAUUUUAGAAGGGUUUCAGUAAUUACUAUUUCUAUAGUAUUAAUGACGAUUUGAAUAUUCGAUAUCAAUAAAUCUUUUGGUAAUUUUAAGAUAUUUAAAAUGUUGAAUGGUAAAUUUAAUAUAUAGAAGAUGAGCUACAUAAAUUGUUAAAUAAUUUAAAUUUUCAAUCCUUAAUAGAGUAUUUAUUUGAAGAAGAAUAAAAAAUAAUAAAACCUUAAACUUGGUUAAAUAAUUUAAUAAGUAAAGCAAAUUUUUAAUUUCCAUUGAUGAAGACCUUAAGUGUUAUGGAUGUUAAAUAAAAAUCUUUUAAGCCUUUUUAAUUAAUUAAUGUUUUAGCUGAAAAGCUUGAAUUAAUUUAAUACCAAUCUCAUAAUUUGAAUAAUUUGUAUCAAAAAUAAUAUGUGAAGAAAAUUACAUUUGAAUUAAACUAAAAAUAAAUUACUAGUUUAUAUUAAUUAUAACAAAAAAUUUAAGGGUAUUUUAUUUUAUUACCAGAAUAAAAAUAAAAGAUGUUACAAAAUGCAUUUAUAAAUUUUGGCUAUGAUUUUGGAAAAAAAAGUUUUUAUUAAUUUGAUUAAGAUGAAAUAGAUUUAAAUACAAUGAUCACAAGUUAAGAAUUACAAAAUCUAGGUUUAAAAUAAUUAAAAAAGCUAGUUGAAAGUGUGAGUAUUAUUUAUCAUCUUUAAGAACAUUUAAUUCUAAAUGAUGAAUAUUUUAAUGAAAGUGUAUUUUAAGUUAACAAUAAAGGAAGGCUUAAAAUUAAUUUGCUCAAUUCAAAUGAAUUAAAUAUUUCUAAAAAUAAUGAGUAGAAAAAUAAUACUCAAAAAAUUAAACCUAACAGAAUUCAAUAAAUAUUCAAAUUAAUGGUCUUUAUAAUUGAAAUAAAAUAAUUCAAAUAAUUGUCAGAGGAAGAAGGUGAGAAUUUAUUUAAACUCAAAUAAAUAGUUUAAUAUAAUUAAUAAACUGGAUUAUUGUAAAUUCCAUAGAUACUUUAUGUGCUUGAUCAUAUAUAAUUUAGUUCGAAGCAAAAAAAAAAUAACAAUGAAUGA